CGCAAACCACUCACUCCUUCCCGUGACUCACUUACUCACUCCCGUGACCCACAAAAACGUUUCUUCGGCCUGUCCCGGAAUAGCACGAAGUGGUCACGAAAUGAUGGCAUAACGUCGCCAUCUCGUUUCACAUUGCAAUAUUUUAACUCCAACUCCGCCAUCUUGAUUCACAUGUCUUCUCGUGUGACCACCAUGAUUUCACUGACACUCGAAAGAAGCGAGCGGCCCGUGCGAGGCGGACGUGUGCUGGCGUGUAAUGGUUGUCUCAAUGUCCAACAUGUGAAGGCCUUAUCAAGCUUUUAUAUACUCUUGGUCAUACAUUCAGCGGAAGGAAGAGGUCAUUAGAUCUGAAAGGUGGACAUACAAUGGACGUCAUAAUCGCCAAAGUCAUCGCCAUCGCCAUUCUCCUCGUUAUCACGCUGCUGCUUGGCAUAAUACCUUACUUCAUCAUUAAAAGGGGAGGUGAUGCGAACGCAUCUGCUCGAAGGGAAAAGGUGCUGAGUCUGCUGAAUUGCUUCGCGGGGGGCGUGUUUCUUGGCACGUGUUUGCUACAUUUGCUGGUCGAGGGCAAGGAGGAUUUGGAACAGGGACUGGAACACGCCUACAACUUCACGAGCUACCCGGUGUUUGAGAUGCUCACUGGCGCUGGCUUCUUCCUCAUCGCCGCCGUAGAAAAGUUAGCCAUGUUAUUUAUGACGGGAGUGGCCGUGACGUCACUUCCGGCGAACCAAGCUAAACGUCAACGCUACAGGAGACCCGCUGAGGAGGAGACGCGGUUAUUAGGCAACGAAAAUAGACAAGAUGCAAUCGGUGACAUCGACAAAAUGGAAGGAAGGCGUCGCACCAUGUCCUCGGUGUCCCAUGCCAGUGAACUGGAACUAUCUAUAUCACACACCCACGACCUGGAGUCGCUCUCUGCCGCGUCUGGAUUCAGUGCCUUCCUGCUGCUGAUCGCUCUGUCCUUCCAUACACUAUUUGACGGUUUAGCAGUGGGACUGCAGGAAGAAACAAAACAAGUAUGGGAGAUCUUCAUUGCCGUCUCGAUUCACAAAAGUCUAGUUGCCUUUUGUCUAGGUCUUCAGCUUUUUAGAGCCUUUGUGCCAUACUUUAAGAGACCGUUCGGGUGCCUGUUCCUGUUUUCGUUGAUGUCGCCUAUCGGAAUUAGCAUCGGCAUAGCUGUGACAUCAUCCAACCUUGACCUUGACGCACAAUCAAUGGCGUCGGGGAUUCUCCAGGGUGUUGCGUGCGGAACGUUCCUUUAUGUCACGUGUUUUGAAAUUUUGAAAGACGAAUUCGGACAUGGUAAAGACAUUUUAAAAGUGUUUGUGGCCUCGUUAGGUUUCGCAGCCAUGGCGGGAGUGAAGGGUCUAGAUAACGACCACUGAGACAAAAGAAAUAAUGUGUCUCCGGUAACCAGACAAAUAAUUCAUGUCUUGAGACGUUCGGCCAAUGCGACGUUGGAAAAUUAACUCAGGACACUGGUUAUCUUUAUGACAUCCGUAACCUCUUGACAAAAAUAAUUAACGGCUUCAGUGUUGUUUCUGUAUUGUUUGUUUGUUGUUAAACGCCGCGCUCAGCAGUAUUCAAGCUGUUUAUGAUGGCAGUCUGUAAAUAAUCGUAUCAUGAAGUGACACACCGGUCAUUAAUAUUAUGAGCAAUGAUCCAUAAAUAAUAAGUUAAGGUGGACUGCAUGGGCUGUUACGUCAAGCAUGGGGUACUUGGGGACCCGCCUACAGGGAUUGAUUACCAAGGGUAUAAUCUCCGGUACCCGUCAAGCAUGGGGUACUUGGGGACCCGCCUACAGGGAUUGAUUACCAAGGGUACAAUCUCCGGUACACGUCAUGCAUGGGGUACUUGGGGACCCGCCUACAGGGAUUGAUUACCAAGGGUACAAUCUCCGGUACACGUCAAGCAUGGGGUACUUGGGGACCCGCCUACAGGAAUUGAUUACCAAGGGUACAAUCUCCGCUACACGUCAUGCUUGGGGUACUUGGGGACCCGCCUACAGGGAUUGAUUACCAAGGGUACAAUCUCCGGUACACGUCAAGCAUGGGGUACUUGGGGACCCGCCUACGGGGAUUGAUUACCAAGGGUACAAUCUCCGGUACACGUCAUGCAUGGGGUAGUUGGGGACCCGCCUACAGGGAUUGAUUACCAAGGGUACAAUCUCCGGUACACGUCAUGCAUGGGGUAGUUGGGGACCCGCCUACAGGGAUUGAUUACCAAGGGUACAAUCUCCGGUACACGUCAAGCAUGGGGUAGUUGGGGACCCGCCUACAGGGAUUGAUUACCAAGGGUACAAUCUCCGGUACACGUCAUGCAUGGGGUACUUGGGGACCCGCCUACAGGGAUUGAUUACCAAGGGUACAAUCUCCGCUACACGUCAUGCAUGGGGUACUUGGGGACCCGCCUACAGGGAUUGAUUACCAAGGGUACAAUCUCCGGUACACGUCAUGCAUGGGGUACUUGGGGACCCGCCUACAGGGAUUGAUUACCAAGGGUAUAAUCUCCGGUACACGUCAAGCAUGGGGUACUUGGGGACCCGCCUACAGGGAUUGAUUACCAAGGGUACAAUCUCCGGUACCCGUCAAGCAUGGGGUACUUGGGGACCCGCCUACAGGGAUUGAUUACCAAGGGUACAAUCUCCGCUGCACGUCAUGCAUGGGGUACUUGGGGACCCGCCUACAGGGAUUGAUUACCAAGGGUACAAUCUCCGCUACACGUCAUGCAUGGGGUACUUGGGGACCCGCCUACAGGGAUUGAUUACCAAGGGUACAAUCUCCGGUACCCGUCAAGCAUGGGGUAGUUGGGGACCCGCCUACAGGGAUUGAUUACCAAGGGUACAAUCUCCGAUACACGUCAUGCAUGGGGUACUUGGGGACCCGCCUACAGGGAUUGAUUACCAAGGGUACAAUCUCCGGUACACGUCAAGCAUGGGGCACUUGGGGACCCGCCUACGGGGAUUGAUUACCAAGGGUACAAUCUCCGGUACACGUCAAGCAUGGGGUACUUGGGGACCCGCCUACAGGGAUUGAUUACCAAGGGUACAAUCUCCGGUACACGUCAAGCAUGGGGUACUUGGGGACCCGCCUACGGGGAUUGAUUACCAAGGGUACAAUCUCCGGUACACGUCAAGCAUGGGGUACUUGGGGACCCGCCUACGGGGAUUGAUUACCAAGGGUACAAUCUCCGGUACACGUCAAGCAUGAGGUAUUUUGGGACCCGCCUACAGGAAUUGAUUACCAAGGGUACAAUCUCCGGUACACGUCAUGCAUUGACUGUAUAAACAUGUAUUUACUUCAUGUUUGAAUGUUAUGAAGCCUUAGCAAUAAAAAAUAUUUGAUAAUA